AUGAGCGCGCGGGCCUGGCGCAACGGCGUCGCGGCGGAGGCUGCGGCGGAGCGGUGCAGGCAGUGCGCAGGGGAGAAAGUGGGCGCAAAGGCGGAAACCGUGGCCAUGGAGAGGCGCCUCAGCGCGCGCGCCGUGUUGGCCGGCGCGGGAAGGUGGCACACGGAAGCAGCUGAACAUGGCGGCAGCAGCUUCACCCUCCCGCCUGCAGCUCCACCUGCUGCCAUGCAGCAGCAGCUAAGCGGCUCACAAGCUGGUGGUGGACAGCAGCCGCAACUGGUGGUGAACUGGAGCAGAAACAGCAGUGUCUGGCGAGCGGCAGCAGCACUAUUAACACCUGUGGGGCGGUAG